AGGGCCAGGCAGUCUCGCGGCGCCGCGGCGCACGCUUCCUGGGAGUUGAUUGUCCCUGAAGAAACAUGAAGACACACUGUGUUGUUACGCUUACUCUAGCCAUCCUGGUGUUCCUGACAUGGGUCCCUGUGUCACUGAGUUGUAACAAAGCACUCUGUGCUAGUGAUGUGAGCAAAUGCCUCAUUCAGGAGCUCUGCCAGUGCCGACCUGGAGAAGGAAAUUGUUCCUGCUGUAAAGAGUGUAUGUUGUGUCUUGGGACCCUUUGGGAUGAGUGCUGUGAUUGUGUUGGUAUGUGCAAUCCUCGAAACUACAGUGACACACCUCCAACCUCAAAGAGCACUGUGGAAGAGCUUCAUGAGCCAAUCCCUUCUCUCUUCCGGGCACUCACAGAAGGAGACACGCAGUUGAACUGGAACAUUGUUUCCUUCCCUGUUGCAGAAGAACUCUCACAUCAUGAGAAUCUGGUUUCAUUUUUAGAAACUGUGAACCAGCCACACCAUCAAAAUGUGUCUGUUCCUAGCAAUAAUGUGCAUGCACCUUAUUCCAGUGACAAAGAACACAUGUGUACUGUGGUUUAUUUUGAUGACUGCAUGUCCAUACAUCAGUGUAAAAUAUCCUGUGAGUCCAUGGGAGCAUCCAAAUAUCGCUGGUUCCAUAACGCCUGCUGUGAGUGCAUUGGUCCAGAGUGCAUCGACUAUGGUAGUAAAACAGUCAAAUGUAUGAACUGCAUGUUUUAAAGGAGAAGAAUGCAAACCAAAGCAUUUUAGUCAACAAGAAAGAUGUAAAAAACUAUUUGGUGAGGUCUACUGGUUGUACCAGGAUGCCAGCAGGUUAAGGAAAUAUAAGAAUUUGGACUGAGUUAAAGUAUGACGAAUGCAUUAAUGUGUUAAAUUAUAAGUAUAACUGCUCUGGUUGGUUUUAUAGCCCACUGGCAAUAAGCCCCUUCCUCUAUAUACAUUUACAGCUUUGCUCAUAUGAGAAGCAAGUACACAGAGAAUUCCUUGUAAGAUCUGAGGUCUCUGACAUAAAGCCCGAGGUCUUUUUUUUCUAGCAUUCCCAAAGCCUUUGGUUUUGAAAGUGUUCGAGGACGUUAACGUAAGUUAUGGUUUCUUCAUUUACUGCUCCUGAGACGCUGAGUUUUUCCAGUUGCACACUAGACGUCAUUCACUGUGCCUUGUCUCGUUUAUCUCUUCUGUAAAUAGGGUAGAUACUCAAAUAUAUCACCCUGAGAACUCCCGUAAAAAUCACUGUCAAAAGCUUAAUUUCAAAUCUUGUAAUGUUGGUUUUAGAAAGUAAACGCUUACUACAUUUUACAGUUUAAAACUUUUGCAUAGUAGAAUCCAUCCUGUAAUACACGUGCUGACAGAAUUUUGGGGAAGACUCUCCUUCUACACCCCCUGCCCAAAGUACUAGUGUAGGUACUGGUGAAGAAUUUUCAACAGGAAUUUCAAAGCACACCUAUAUCACUGCAUUAAAUAUUCCACUAGGUAAAUAAUGAGAAAGUUACAGCAUUUCUCUGACUUAAGGUACCAGCUUAAAGAGCACUAGGAAUGGGAAAUGCCUGCCAAAUCAGACUCUACUUAGAGCUCCAGAGAAACAGCUUGUCCUAUUGUACAGAGAUGGCAAGGCUGAAAGGAGAAGCUGUGCUGCUGGGUAGAGAGAAUGAGCCCACUCAGCCUUAGCAUGGGCAGGGCCAUGUUCCCUAACGAUGAAUGAUAGGAGGGGAUAAAGAAGAAACAUGGGUAUGAGCAGGGAGGGUUGAAAACGAUGACAAUUCUUCCGGGAAACAAACCUUAAACUAUUUGCAUUAAUUAUUUUGUUAUAUUAUAAUCUUUAGGUUUCUGUCUGGAUUGAAUGUUCUUAUUAAACAAGUAAUCAAUCAUGCAGUGGGAAGUUAAGAUUAUGAAAUGAACAAGAGAUCUGUUCAACAUGAUGUUAACUUCAGAUACACUAUAGAUUAUUUUGUUUUACAUAUUUCGAUAAUGAUAAGCUUAAAUACGUGUACCCUUCAUCAUAAUAAAAUCCCAGUCAUCAAGCAUGAAUCUAAAACAUAAAUAUUUAUAUUACAGAGGUUCAUAACUUUACAAAAUUAUUAAUUUCUUCAGUACCUUAUGGAAUUAUAAGUAACAUGUAGAAAUACCUUUAUAUGUCUAAAUAUUUUAGUACAUAGAAAUAGAUAAGCUUUUAGAUACUUUGUAUUCAUUAUAUGAACAGUAGUUACAAGAUCAUAUGUAAUAUCAUGAUUAGCAUAAAACCUAAAGCCUUAAUACCUUUUCUGUUCUUUCAGACAACUCUAAUGAAUACAAGGUACUUUCCACAAACUUUUGGCCUUUUAAAAAAAAGCUGAAAUUUAGCUCUUAUAUAUUUUUUUAAUAGGAAAACAUUGGGAUAUCUUUUUCUUCCUUUUACCUAGAAUGCCUCUGUUUAAAAGUGCCUUGAAGACAUUUUAGCUCCCCUUCCUCAUUAAUGCCUAUAAAACUAAAACUUUUCUUAAAAACUUUAAACUUAAAAAAAAAGAAAGUUUUAAAAGAAUCUGCAUCCAGCUUCUUCAUUUCCAUUUUGCUAUUCUUCAAAGUAAUUUUAUACCUAUGAAUAAAGAAAUCUUUUUGUGUUUAUGGAUGGCAUGUUUAAUGUUGCCUUAAAUAUGUCAACAAAUAUUUUUUAACUGCAUUUAUCACCUUGAUUAGGCUUUCAUCUAAGAUACUAAGUGUAGUAUCUCUUCUGCCCCUAUACUGGGAGAGUAAUUUCUUAAGCCAUGUUGUAUUUGGCCUGGUUUUCCUUACAUCUUUUUCUCCCAGUGGAAAUUACCCCUAAAUAUAAUGGUAAUUUUUAUAUUCAAUUUUGCAUAGUUUUUGUGGUUUUUGAUGGGGUUGAAAGAUAGAGUUCACUUAAAAGAUUCCAUUUCCAUUUUAUAAUGUAUUUCAGGUUUUGUAUAACGACGUUUCCCAAAUUAAAAAUAUAACAUUUGAGAAAUCAGUAACCCCACUAAAAUUUAGACCUUUUAUUACCAUUCUAUGUACAAUUCACUUCUAUAUUGAAGCUCUGGUAAAAAAAAAUUUUUUUUAAUUCAAAAAUUAGGUUGUUAACUUUUUUAUAACUAGAUUAAAAAAAAAAAACUAAAUCAGUAGGUAUUAUAAAAGCCAUAUGUAAAAGGUUCCUUCCUAGUUAGUUUUUUUGUCCCUCCCUGGCCCCACUAGCAUCUAAUUAUUACAGAAAUUGUACUCAAAAUAGUGGCACCAAAUCAAAUGAUAAUUCAAGUAAAAUAAGUAUUUGUUUACAUAGAAUGCUAUAAAGAGAGGCUUUCAUUUAAAAAAACUACUUCUAAAGAUGCGGAAAACAAAAUUGGUAAGAUAUUAGAAUAUUUGAACAAUUAUUUAUAAAGCAAAGUAACAUCAAAGUAGAGGAAAGAAACAAAGACUUCUGAAAAAUGAGGUAGAUAUAAAUAAGCUACUUAUUUAAAAAAUUUGUUUUUGUGAAAGCUUCUUUGAAGAUUUUAAAAAUCUAUUCUACAUUCCCCAGGGUAUUUGUUAAUUGUGUUUCACGUGAUCUACAACAUACAGAAUUAUGUAUUUUCUCCUUUGGUUGUCCCUAUAAGCAAAAGAGUAUUUUAAUAAAAACUUGAAAUGA